UGAAAAACCACGACCUUAUUUCUUACGUUUUGGGAGAGACCACGGGAAAAACAUGGCUCCAUUCCCGCAUUGGUUUAUAGCCUGCGCCUUUCUUCUUGGAGCAAGUCCCGUUCGAUCCUACGUCAUGGAUAGCGAUGUAUCCGUCCAAGUGCCCGGCUCGUAUCUCGCCAAUGCCAGUUCGGUCUUUUUCAACCUGUAUACGAGGAAUAAUCCGUUCGAGCCUGAGAUUCUGAGACUUGGCGACUUGGAAUCACUCCAACAGUCGAAUUACAAAUCUUUUCUUCCGACAAAAAUGGUUGCCCACGGAUAUAACGGCGAUCCGGGAACUUUUAAUUCCACCAAAAAUGCGUUCCUUAGGCGUGAGAACUGCAAUUUCAUCACCAUCGAUUGGACUGAGUUGGCUUCUGGAUUCGACUACCCUUUGAUUGUUGUUCGCAAUAUUCCACUGGCCGCCUCGGAAAUCGGAGCAUUUGUCGAAUUUCUCUGUGAAAAUACCGGUGCGUCGUUGAAAUCGUUUCACUUGAUUGGAUUCAGCUUGGGGGCUCACGUCGCAGGCGGUGCCGGAGCCGCAAUAGGUUUGGGAAAAGUAUUUCGCAUUACAGGACUGGAUCCGGCCGCCCCUGGGUUCUCCGUUAACGACACAGAAACGCGAUUGGAUCCGACAGACGGGGACUUUGUUGAUAUUGUACACACAAACAGUGGGUCGCUGAUUCAAGGUGGGGAGUCCAUGAUAGAACCCAUCGGACAUGCAGACUUUUACCCGAACGGAGGUCAACAGCAGCCCGGCUGUCUGUUAACCAAAUCAGAAGAAGAAGUAGAUUUCCAAGAAGCUGAAACGAGAGACUGCAACCAUAGUCGGGCGGUGAUGUACUUUGACGAAUCCAUCAACAGUAGGAUCGGUUUCCGAGCCCUGCAGUGCGAUUCUCUCGAAGAAUAUCAAAUGGGAUUUUGUGACAGCAACCCCGCAGCUUUGAUGGGAGAGCCAACUCCAGUCACAACCCGAGGCAUCUUCUACUUGAUAACGAACGACGUGGAACCGUUUGCCAUGGGGUAGAAGAAUCCCGUCCGUUGCACAAGUCCGUGCGUUGCAGGAGAUAAACGUACCGUACCAAACGUCCCAAAACACAAACUGUUACAACAGAACAAAAAAAGAAAGGAGAGCGAGAGAGAGAGAGAGAAAACGACUGGAGGAAUAAAUCAAAUAAACAGUUAGGUACAUGUCAAAAAAGGAAAGAGUUUGCUUCACUCAUUUUUUUUGUACCUUUGACGAGAGUUGUACGUACGUAUACAUCUGGAUUUUCGUUGA